AUGCCGCUCCACUGCGGUUGGUUUACUGUCAAUGCCUCAUCCGGAUUCCAUGCGGAGAGAUUGGAGCAAUCAACUUUGCUGUGGGUUCACUGCAUGGCAUGGAUCCACAGAGGGCUGGAGAAAGUCAACGAGGAGCUGACGGUCAAAUGUCGUCGUUCCCAGAAAGAGGAUUCCAAAUCGUCCUGGGCCUUACUUGUCAGCUACGGGCUGCCGCGAAGAUACGAUUCGAUGGCAAAUUGUGCCCUCUCAAGUACCGAUACAACAAGAAUAACUGGCGGGGCGAUUUUAUCUCGAUCGCUCCUACAGUCGCCCACCGCUACGACCGAACCAGGUAACACGGAAGGGGAAGGUACCACAGCUUGGCCAGCUUACUCCGUACAGGCUUUGAGUCCAUCCAAGAUUGCCCAGAAUUACCGACUGAGAGGCCAUAGUCUGUGGACGGUGGGAACCCUCCUUCGCUGGAAGCUCAGUUGUUCCGUCGGGAGUAAAGGAGGAUACACAAGGAUUAUAAGUUAA